AUGGAUCUGAUCUUUGUGACUCAGAGAGGUUCAUCAUUCUCCAUUGAAGUUGGUUACUACGAUAGUGUUUUAGAGAUCAAAGAGAAGAUUGAGAAGUAUCAACGUAUCCCUGUCUCCAAACAAACCCUUGUCUUCCAAAGAAAGGUUCUUCAAGAUGAUCACAAUAUCGAACAAUGUAAUCUCUUCAACAACUCUCGUCUCAAGCUCAUCAUCUCCUCUCCUGGUAACGACGACCAAAAGGGCAGCAUUAAAGUGGUCAAAACCGAGCAGUCUCCAUAG